AUGAAGACAUCGAAACUAGCAAAAGAGACAUCAGCGCUCUUCAACAAGAUGGCAGCAUCAUCAUCGCCGCCGCCGCCACAGACCCGCCGGACGACGAGAUCUUCGCUUGCCCGGUUCGCGUAUACUUCAACUUCAACGACCUCUGCGACGGAUUCCGAGGCGAUAGCUUCAGCGAUAGCCACGGAAGCCGCGCUCCAUGACAUAGUCUUAGGCGUCGCCGACAUUGAAGAUGCGGUUCCCGAUGCGCGGAGCAGAAAACGGAGACGGGUUGUCAAAGAGGAGGACGAAGCUGUCGACCAGAGCGAACGUGUCCCAGACGUGGCAGCAGCAGUAGGGACGACAGCAGCAGCACCACCACCAAGAACAACAGCAAAGUCACGAACCAGAAUCAAAUCCGAACACAUCGAAACCGAAACACCACCAGCACCACCACCAACCCCUCCGAAAGCCCGCAAAACCCGUAAACCAGCACGCACAAUCCGUGGCACAUCCCCUUCUUCUCCCUCCUCACACGUCGAACCCCCAACAGAUUGGCUGCGAAUCUACAACACCGUCAAAGAAAUGCGCCUCCACGGCGCCGCGCGCAACGCCGCCGUCGACACAAUGGGCUGCGAACGCCUCUUCCACCCCGACGCUUCAGAACGCGACCGGCGCUUCCAUAUUCUCAUUGCGCUCAUGCUCUCGAGCCAGACAAAAGAUACGGUCAACGCGGUGGCGAUGAAGAGGCUGAUGACGGAGCUGCCGCCGCACGAGGAGGGAGCGGCGGGGGGACUGUGUUUGGAGAAUAUGUUGGCUGUGGAACCUGCGCUGUUGAAUGAGUUGAUUUGGGCGGUGGGGUUUCAUAAUAACAAGACAAAAUUCAUCAAAGCAGCAGCCAUCAUCCUCCGCGACAAAUUCAACAGCGACAUUCCCGACACGAUUGAAGGCCUCACCUCCUUGCCCGGCGUAGGCCCCAAAAUGGCCUACCUCUGCCUGUCCGCGGCCUGGGACCGCACCGAGGGUAUCGGCGUGGAUGUGCACGUGCACCGCAUCACGAACCUCUGGGGCUGGCACAAGACGACGCAGCCCGAGGCGACGCGACACGCGCUGCAGAGCUGGCUACCAAAGGACAAGUGGCGCGAGAUCAACUGGCUGCUCGUCGGGUUCGGACAGACGGUCUGUUUGCCUGUCGGGCGCAAGUGCGGCGACUGCGAGCUCGGGCUGGGCGGGUUGUGUAAGGCGGCGGAGAGGAAGAAGGUGAAUGAGGGGCGCAAGAUGAGGGAGGUCAAGGUUGAUGUGAAGGAGGAGGAUGAUGGAGACGUAUUCAUCAAGACGGAAGAGGUUGUCAAGGAGGAGCAAGUUGUUCGUGAUGCGAUUGUGAAUCAAGACACCGGGCAGCCGGAGCCGGCAUCGGAGCCGGCGGUUGGUGAUGAACCGGACGCAGUUAGCGAGAUAGUUGACUUAAUGUACAACGUUUUGUCGUAA